CGCAAAUAUCAGAGCGAUACUGUCAUGAACGUACACGGGAAAAAAUGGAUACAUAUUUUCAUAUCAUGUUAUAUUUUACACGUUUCCCAGAUAAAUGGAUGUACUGAGGGCAUGCCUCUUUGUAACGAUACGCUCUAUCCAGAUAAAUGUUGCGGCUGUGACCGUGUCUUCAAGGACCCACUCGAUAAGAAGGUCCAGUGGCCUAGUAUUGUUAUCUCAGAGGGUAGAUGUACAAAUGAAAAAUGCAUAGCAAAUGAAAGCUGUCGAAGAUUCAGUUGUCCUCUAGAUUUAGUAUUAAUGAUAGACAUUGGUUGUGGUUUUGGGAAAAAAGACGUUCGCAUUGCACUUAGAAAUGUUCUUAUUCAAUUUGCCAGAGCCUUAGAUAUAGGACCUGACCUUAUCCAAGUCGCCAUAUUACGCUAUAACAAAUACGUCAUACCCAGAUACUAUAAUUUUCUAAACAACAUAACUUCUACUUUGGCACUUCAACAACAUAUUAGUAAAAUGGACAUAAACAUGGCAAACGCGUAUUGUCAGAUGAGAACAAAUGAAGCAUUGGAUGUGUUAAUGAAAAAAAUAUAUAAUGCAAAAAAUGGAGAUAGGCCAGAUGUACCAAAUGUUGUCAUUAUGUUGGGCCACGCAAUAACAGCCCCUACAUAUCAGUCAGACACUACGGAGAAAGCCAAACUAUUACACGCAAAGCACACGGCGGAUGUUAUUGUGUUCGGUAUACUCGAAAGUGGUAAGAACACCAGGCUCCGGGAUGCAGAGUUCAAAACAAUAGCAACCGAUCCAGAUUAUCUUAACUUUAAGAAAGUGGAAAAGGUCGGGGAUCUCCUGGCAAAUAUGUUGCCUGUGUUGAACAGAUAUUGUCGUGGUAACUGCUCUUUGAGUGAAUUUAUAGAAAGGGAGGGCAAUUGUAGCGUCCCCUGUGGUAAAGGGGAAAAACCAACUGGGAAAACGAGGUACACUUUAGGCGUACGUAGAAGUGGAGGUAGAUGCACAGAGGAGCAAUCUUUUGACUCAUCCAUGCCCUGCAAUACACAAAGAUGUGGAGAUGAAUACUGUGGGACUUGGGGCGGAUGGCAAAAUGAGACGGAAUGCACCAAAACUUGUAGUAAAGGACAUCUUUAUAAAGUAAGAGAGAGGCAGCGGGUUUCUGAUGACGUCACAGACAAACAUUGCGUUUUAAAAGAGGAUGUAGUAGAAGAAUGUAACACCCAGGCAUGCGAGAGCUAUUUCUUGGGUCUCAACGUAGAGAAGAAUCUUCCAGUGCUCAUUGCAACUCCCUUGUGUGUAACUUGUCUAUGCGUAGUCACUGUAGGACUUCUGCUAUUCAAAAGAAAGAAAAGGAAACAAAUUGAAAAGGCUAGAAAAAACAGAUUGGAUGAGCACAUAGCUAAACAGUUAGCAAGGAAACCAUCCAUAGAAGGCGACAGGUGGGAAAUCCCACAUUCGCGACUAUUGUUUGGUGAAAUACUCGGCCAAGGAGCAUUUGGACAAGUCUCCAAGGGCAUUAUACAUGGCAGUGUAUUGACACAUCAAGAUGCUAUAAGUAACAAUCCCGUUGCAAGAACAAUGUCAUCCAACAUCACGGUUGCGAUCAAAAUGCUUCAUGAUUUUGCAUCUGAAUCUGCAAAAGAUGAGUUCAGGAAAGAAAUCAAUUUGAUGAAGAAGAUAGGAGCUCACCCCAAUGUUGUCAGUAUGGUUGGAGCUUGUACAAUACGUGAGCCAUUGUGCCUCAUUGUGGAGUAUGUGCCUCACGGGGACCUGCAGCAUUUCUUGAGAAAACAUCGUGUCGACAUGGUGUUUAAACACGAUGCUCCUAUAAUAACAAUGUCUGCUGAUAUAAAAGAAAUGAAAAAUGAUCUAGAAGACCCCGAAUGCCAAAUUGCUGCAUUGUUUGGUGAGCACGAACAACUGGACAACUUAAACAAUGAAGCGAUUGAUGGUGUUUCGACCCAUUCAGAAUCAUUUGAUGAUAAGAGCAUUCGAGGAGAUGAAAACGAUUGUCUUGAAAUAACUGAUAAAGUUGAGCUGAUAGAUCUACUCUCUUUUGCGCGACAAAUUGCAAUGGGCAUGGAGUAUCUGAGUGGUAAAGGAUUUGUCCAUCGCGACCUUGCUGCCAGAAAUAUUUUAAUAGAAAACAGGACAGCUAAAAUAAGUGAUUUUGGCCUUACAAGGAGUGUCUACACAGACAAUGUCUAUGUACCAAAAAAAGGGGGAAAGCUACCAUUAAAGUGGAUGUCAAUUGAAGCCAUAUUUGAUCUGAGCUUCACAACUGCAAGUGACGUGUGGUCAUUUGGAAUUGUACUCUUCGAGAUAAUUACUAUGGGAGGUACACCUUACCCUACUAUUGCUAACAAAGACCUCUUGAAGGAACUCAAGCGUGGCUAUAGAAUUGAGAAGACGGAAAACUGUCCAGAUGCUCUGUAUGAUAUAAUGAUGCAGUGUUGGGAGGAAAAUCCAGAAGACAGGCCAACAUUUGCCGACUUGAAGGAAUCUUUGGACGAGUUGAUGGCCGCCAAUUCAAAUGUUGAUUACACAGACUUUAGUUUAGAUGAAAACAAGGAUUAUUAUCAAACUGGGCAAAAUGGUUCAUUUACUAGCAGCGAAGAAUCCAAUCCCCUAUGGGCUGCAAUGGGUCCACCUGUUGAAGGCGAUGAAGGAAUUGUAGUUCAAGGCUCUCUACCUUUGGUUGAAAAUGACACUGAUGCUGGCGAAGAUGUUUUCUCCAAAAGAACGGAUGAGGUUAUUAAUGAUACACAUGACGCGUGA